AUGCACGCCUUCGACGCGCUGCAGUCCCGCUCGGGGAGCCCCUGCGGCGGCGGGCCCGCCCCGGGGGAGGCCCCCGCGCGGAGCAUGGCCGUCCUGCUGAGUAAGAGGGCCGUCGCCUGCCGGGUGGUGCUAAUGUACGGCGCCAUCUCGGCGCUUGUCGUGGCGCUGGCCCUCCUGGGCGGCCGCCCCGGCCUGUUCGCCGCCUUCGGCGUGCUGGUGGUGGCCAUUCCGCACAUCUUCCGGGGCGCCGCGUUGCUGUACGAGCGGCGGCCCGUGCUGGUCGUGGACGCCGAGUCCGGCCUCUCGAUCCGCCGCCCGGCCCUCCUAGGCGAAAGAUUCGCGCCCUUCGGCCCCGAGGUGCGCGUGGCAUGGGACGAGAUCGACCGGUGGGAGGCGUGCUCGGUGAUCGACCCGUGUGGGCUGCCGCCGCGGGACGGCGUCCUCAAGGUGUACCUCAGGGACGCGGGGGGCUUUGUUGCGCGCCAGGGCCUGCUGUGGGGCCGGCUGAGGUUUUGGUGGAAGGGGCUUCGGCACGGCACGCCUCUGGUGGUGUCGGACGCAGUGUUGAGGGACAGCAGCCGGGCGGUUGCGCAAUUCAUGGACGCCGCGAGGGGUGAGGGGGAGGGAUGCCCGCCCCAGGUCCCGUCGCUCGUGGUGGAGCGAUGA